AUGGCAGAGGAGCUCAAACUCACCGUCACUACUGAGGACUUUCUGCAAGACCCUAGCGUUCAGCCCCACCUGUGGAUGUGGGUAAACCCCAGCCUGGUCUGCCCCAUCUCCGGGAGCCCUGGCAUAGACCUGGCCAGAUCCAGUAGCCUGGUGGCCUCGGCUGCUGGUGCCACAGAAACCUCCUCUCCGAACACAUCCUGGGACUACUCCGACCCGGACUGCUCCGAGGAGGAUGUGCUGUCAUCCUCCAGUGAGGCUGGAAAGCUCACUGAGGAUGAAGAUGCUUCUUGUGCGGACAUCCCAGUUCCUCAGGAGACGGCGGAAAUUCCCGGACUCAAGGCAAUGCCGGUGCCUUGGAAAUCCACAGUCCUCAGACCUCAGAGCAUGAAGCUCAAGCGCCCCAGGCAGACGAGCACCAAAAUGGAGGGAGGCUGGCUCCGUCCCCCCCUUAAUUACUCCAUCCUCAUCACCCUUGCCCUGUGCAACAGCGCAAGCGGCAGUCUGACCGUACAGCAGAUCUACCAGUUCAUACGGCAGCACUUCCCAUUUUUUCGAAUGGCCCCACAGGGCUGGAAAAACACAGUCCGACACAACCUUUGCUUCAGCAGCUGCUUUGAGAAAACCACUGGCUUCGUACGCGGAGAGGGAAAGCGCAAGUCCUGCCUGUGGAGACUGACUCCAGAAGGACACAGGAAGUUUCAGGAGGAAGCAGAGGCCCUGCCCAAAGAGACUCUCGACUUGGUGCACCAAAGCAUGAGCGAACCAG